AUGACUAGAUCUACUCAUGAAUAAUUAUACUUUCAAAAGUGGGUGGUACUAUGAAUUACUCAAAAGAGGUGGAUAAGACAAUGAAAAGUAUAGAUCUGUAGCUAACAGAAUCAAUGUAAUAAGUCAAGAGAAUUGUUUUAAUUACUGUGCAAUAUCAAAUUGAGGAGCAAUCUAGAUGCAUGGAGGAUUGGCCGGCUUAUGAAAGCAACUGCAGCUCAGUUGAAUCAAGUCUGUUGGCUAAAGAUGCUACCACCUAUAUUGAUAUUAAGUGCUUAGCAAUGGUUAAAUCAAUCCAAGACAGAUUCAAUUUUAGGAAUGUUCCUCCCUCAAAUAACUAUUACUACGAAGAUGUAGGUUCCGAUCAUGAAGAACCAGUGACUAGCACAGCUAUUCAUAGCCCUAAUCACUUGAAAAGAGUUUGUUUUGGUUUCACAACUACUGUGCUGAUUGUGAUUGGAGCAUUAGUCGUUUUUCUUCUCCUGUUAUUGGCCGGAGAUGUGGAGAUAAACCCUGGACCUGGACUAGAUACUGUUCUGACUGUCUCUGACCUAUUUGAGGUGUGUGAGAGGGUGAAGAGUGCUAGUCCGAACUGGUUCAACUUGGGACUGGCGUUGAAGCUGAGCUAUACCGAUUUAACCAACUUUCAUGAGAUGUACGAUGACAAUUAUGUGUGUUUGCGUGAGGUCCUAGCUCAUCGACUGCAGACAGGUGUUCCUCUAACUUGGGGAGGUAUAUGUACUGCUCUCAGGCACUCUACAGUGGCAAGAAAUGAUGAAGCUGAGGAGAUAGAGGAGUACAUGUAUGCACAAAGUAGAGAGAAAGAAGCACUCAAGAUAACUCAAAGCACUCAGAAAAGCGAUUCAUCAGACGAUUCUGUUCUGACUGUUUCUGACCUACUUGAGGUGUGUGAGAGGGUGAAAAGUGCUAGUCCGAACUGGUUCAGCUUGGGACUGGCGUUGAAGCUGAGCUAUACCGAUUUAACCAACUUUCGUGAGACGUACCGUGAUAACAAUGAUGUGUGUUUGCGUGAGGUCCUAGCUCAUCGACUUCAGUCAGGUGUUCCUCUAACUUGGGGAGGUAUAUGUACUGCUCUCAGGCACUCUACAGUGAGUAGAAAUGAUGUAGGUGAAGCAAUAGAGGAACACUUUCAUGCUCUCCCUGGUGUUGAAGUUAUGGCCAGCACCUGUGUGAUCAUUACCAACUCACCCCAAACCUUCCACUGGGUUGGCUAUGGGUUAAGGCUCACCAUACCCCAGGGAUCCCUGCCACCUGGUGUUGACCAGUGUCAACUAGAUAUCAAGGUCAGUGUAGCGGGACACUACCAGUUUCCCAACAAUUUCCAGUUGGUUAGUGGUGUCUUCUGGGUGCGACCUCAUCCUUCGGGUCGAUUCCAACAGCAGCUGACAGUCGAGAUACAGCACUGUGCCAAGAUGAGUAGCUCCACCAAGCUCUCAUUUAUGAGAGCACAUUGCUCCCAAAAGAGUCUGCCCUACACAUUCAAGCAGCUCGAGGAGCGUGGCUCGUUUACAGAGUACAGCUUGUACGGUUGUUUGGGUGUGAAUCACUUCAGUUCACUUGCAAUAGCUGCAAAAGAUGAUGCUGAUCUACAGUAUAUCGCCAGUCUACACUACCUAAAGGCUGACCCUCGGACCGUUGAGAUUUAUUUCACAAUCAAUAUGGAUGAUGGAACACAUAACGCUGAAACACGGAAGUACUUUGAGAAUCUGGGGGCGAAAGAAAAGCUUAAUAUGGCAGUAGAGUUUGACGACUGUAAUAUUGCACUGGAUAUUCCUUUACCCAAUGGUGUUGAAGUUGACGAAUGGAGUCUAGUACCACUUGUUCUACCCAAGAUAUUCAAGAAAAGGGUCGACUCAUUCGAGCCAGGAAGAGCUGUUCCAUCCACGAAGCUAGUAGCAACACUCUCAGAGAGUUGGGAUUGUAAGGUACCAAGACGCUCACACCUGACAACAUUGAAAGGAGCCAAGGAGCCUAUUAAUCAAAUGCUGAUUAUGUUUGAUCCAGUGGAUCUUAAAAAAGAUCCUCUAGCCUCAGACCAGCACAAAAGAUUAUCGACAUCAGAUGAACAAAUUGAAACUCUGUCAAAGCGUCUUAAGAAUGAUAUCACUGUACAAGCAGUACAUGGUUCCCAACAUGGUGCCCCAGUGGCUGCUACUGCAAGUUUUCUACAGGGUGAUCAAUCUGGUGCACAACCGGAAGAUCCAAUAGCCUCAAGUCAUCGCAAAAGAGCUUUGGCAUCAGAUCAAGAAGUUGAAACUCCUUUAAAGUGUUGGAAAGAGGAUAUCGCAUUGUCAUCAGAGGGGCAUCCUAACAAAAGACCGUCCUCCGAUCCCAUUGUACUUACUGGAAAGGAUGUUCAAAUAAUUUGUGUGACGUUGGUGAAAGCAUGCAAUAAUUGGUUCAAUUUGGGAUUGGCUCUUGGAAUGGACUAUGACCAGUUGGAGUCUAUCCAAGAUCAAUUCCGUGACAGUAGUGGUCGCCUAACAAAGAUGAUAGCCAAGCGUCUUUCAGUCACUGAUUCAAAAAAUCCAAUGACAUGGCCUUACAUCUGUGAAUGCCUAAGGAGCCCUACAGUAAUGCGUUAUGAUGUAGCAGAAGCAAUUGAAAGAGAAAAGGGACUAUAAAUAUAGCUAUAUAAAUUAUGGUAGAAAUGAGCUAUAUAAAAUUAAUUAUGGUAGAAAUGAAUAGUUGUUUAAUAGGUGUUGGCAGAUGCGCCAGAUCCCAGAGCUCGUGCCCGCUUGCUCGCUUCCAGAGUGAAGGAGACGGGUGCCUGGCUAGAUGUGCUGCCUAUUUCUUUGCUAGGCCUAAGGAUGGAUGAUAACACCAUCAGAGUUGCUGUAGGCCUAUGUCUUGGUGCCCCUCUAUGCAGACCCCAUUCACUGUGGAGCUGGGGUGGACAGUUUGGGCACUCAUGGGCUCAGCUGCCGUAGCAGUGAAGGUCGACACCAUCGUCAUGCGGCUUUGACCGUUAUUGUGCAUAGAACCCUCAUCUCUGCAAAGAUACCUGCACGCCUUGAACCAUCAGGCCUACAACGGUCGGAUGGGAAGCGCCCAGAUGGCAUCACCAUGGUACCCUGGAAGUGUGGGAAGCUGCUGGUGUGGGACGCGACCUGCCCGGACACCUUUGCCCCAUCAUACACCAUAAGUGCUACCUCGGAGGCAGGGCUUGUAGCUGCAGGAGCAGAAGAGAGGAAGGAGGCCAAAUACACCAGCCUUGGUUCACUGCACUGCUUCACCCCACUAGCCAUAGAGACUACAGGUGUUCUAGGGCCUAAGUCUAAGACUUGUGUUAAGGAAUUAGGUGGGCGCGUUGCACGUGUCACGGGAGAUCAGAAAUCCUCCCAUUACUUACUGCAAAGGCUGUCGGUCGCAGUACAGCCGGGAAAUGCGGCCUCAGUGAUGGGCACAAUGGACUCGCGACCCUCUCCCUGGAACUUACGUUAUUUAUUGUUAUACGAAUUACACCUGGUCUGUACACAUAAUAUAGUUAGACAC